AUGGAGAAAACACGAGUUGCUAAGGUUGACAAUGUGACCUUGACUCGCCGCGGUGAGCAGGUUGAUGGUACCCUCCAUCUCACCCCUCACCACCUCAUCUUUUCGCAUACCCCCACGAUCUCCCCCGAAGAUCAAAUCAAGGGCGUGACAGCAAGACCAAGAGAGCUUUGGAUCACAUACCCCAUCAUCGCAUUUUGCACGUUACGACCGGCCCCCGCGGCCUCCCGCCAGCUCUCCUCCAUCCGCCUCCGAUGCCGAGACUUCACAUUUGUCUGUUUCUACUUUGUGAAUGAGUACAAAGCCCGAGAAGUAUUUGAAAGCAUCAAGCAGUGGACAUGCAAAUCGAGCCGUAUCGACAAGCUAUACGCCUUCAGUUAUCAGCCUCCCCCACCAGAGAAGGAGUUCAACGGAUGGGAUCUGUAUGAUGCGCGCAAGGAAUGGGCGCGCCAGGGUGUGGUUGACAACGGGCAAUGGCGUUUGUCAGAGAUAAAUGCAAACUACGAGUUCUCUCCCACCUAUCCCGCUAUUAUACCCGUUCCUUCGUGCAUCUCCGACAAUACACUUAAUUACGCGGGACGGUAUCGAUCUCGUGCAAGAAUCCCUACACUGUCAUACUUGCACCCAGUCAACAAUUGCACCAUUACCAGAAGUUCGCAGCCGCUGGUCGGUGUUCGCCAGAACCGGAGCAUUCAAGACGAGAAGCUUAUGUCCGCCAUAUUCUUAACAUCUCGUUCCGAACGUCCGCUGGCUGCUUUCUCGCAGUCUCCAGAGAAAGAAGGAGGUUCCAGCCACGGAAGUCCUGAAACAAGUCAGGUGAUGGUUCCGGAGUUGAACGCCGAGGAAUUGGAAGAUGACCUGGUGGCUGCUGCCGGUGGUGACUUGGAGGAGAAUCGGUCGAUAUAUGGCGCUCAGCAAUCAAAUUUGAUUGUAGAUGCGCGGCCUACGGUUAAUGCAUUUGCGAUGCAAGCGGUUGGACUUGGUUCUGAGAACAUGGACAACUACAAGUUCGCCACCAAGGCAUAUCUUGGGAUUGACAACAUUCACGUCAUGCGGGACUCGUUGAACAAAGUUAUUGAUGCUCUCAAAGAGUCAGAUGUGACUCCGCUCGGGCCCAGUCGUGAUCAACUCGCGCGUAGCGGCUGGCUGAAGCACAUUGGUGGGAUUUUGGAGGGCGCCAGGUUAAUCACUCGUCAAGUUGGCCUUACUCACUCCCAUGUUCUGAUCCAUUGUUCUGAUGGCUGGGACCGUACCAGUCAGCUCAGUGCGCUCAGUCAAAUCUGCUUGGACCCAUACUUCCGGACACUGGAAGGUUUCAUGGUUCUCGUGGAGAAGGACUGGCUCUCGUUUGGACACAUGUUCCGCCAUCGAUCUGGCCAUUUGAACAGCGAGAAGUGGUUCCAAAUUGAGAACGAGCGCAUCGGUGGAGACCCCAACCGCAGCUUUGGUGAUGGUGGGGGUGCAGGAAAAGCCAUUGAAAAUGCGUUCCUCAGUGCCAAGGGCUUCUUCAACAGAGACAACAACAGCAAGGACUCCUUGCCCGAUUCCGAUGGAGAGCUUCAAAACUAUGAUUCUGACACGCCAAAGAAACCCGCUGCACCACGCUCAGGUCCCGAAAAAGAAAUAACGAAACCGAAGGAGACGAGUCCUGUGUUUCAUCAGUUCCUAGACGCAACCUACCAGUUGCUUCACCAAUACCCAUCUCGAUUUGAGUUCAAUGAGCGCUUCCUGCGACGCCUUCUCUAUCAUUUGUACUCGUGCCAAUUUGGCACCUUCUUGUUCAACAGCGAAAAAGAGCGCGUGGAUUGCAAGGCUCGGGAUCGCACUCGUAGUGUUUGGGACUAUUUCCUUGCUCGCCGAGAACAAUUUACCAAUCCUCUAUACGAUCCUAUCAUUGAUGACCACCAAAGGGGCAAGGAGCGACUCAUCUUCCCUCGGGUGAGUGAAACUCGUUGGUGGAAUGAGGUGUUCGGUCGGACAGACGCUGAAAUGAAUGGGGUCAUGAACGGACCUCGCUCUCCUGCGACACCCCCUUCCAAUGAUGAUUCCACGGAAGGAAGCUCGAUGGUAACAGGAAUAGAGACUGCAGAUCAGUCCAGCGAUGGCGCUGGCAAAUUCACGCCAAACGUUGCGUCUGCGGGUAUGGCAGCCGUAACAUCGGGGGUGUCCAAACUUGCAUUCCCACCAGAACGCGACACGAACAAAUCGAAAGAGCUGGAGGUUGAGAUGCAAUAA